UUCCAUCCAUUCCUCCAUCCUCUCUCUCUCUCUCUCUCUGUCUCUCUCUGUCUCUCUCUCUCUCCAUCAUCAGUCCUUCCUUUUCUUUUCAGUUUAUCAUCAUGGAGAACGAGUCGGUGAUCUUCUGGGAUGGGCAGGGCAACUCCCAGAAUACAAUCUGAAACUCUGAGACCUCUCACUCUACUGCAGGAUUACACACAGUAACUACACUGACGCCACAGAAACCAGUUUAACAUUCACGGUAAAACUUCGUCUACUGACUCUUGAGGAUUACAACAAUCCGCCACAAACUUCCAUCCUGCUGACGUCUUGCCACCAACACCACCACCAAUCAAAAACCCAACCAGAGACACAAAAAUCUGGCACCUCAGGACCAGAACAAGAAGGCCAAACCAGUACCGGACAAGCAAUCCAGUCAGACUCUGUAGAGUGGAUCAGACCAGGCCAGGACAGACCAGAAGAGACCAGUAAAGGCCAUUGGAAAAGUUUGAUGGGACUGCUGACGAUAGCCACAUGCCUCUGAGUCCGGCUGCUGACACCAAACAUGAUCGCCCGCGGCAACAGGCGGUUACUAACGGCAACCCGACAGGCUCUGCUGUUGCCAGGGACGACGACGCGGAUGACACGCCCCCUGGAAACAGCAUUGUCGUCCGCAUUGGCAUCCCGGACCUGCAGCAAACGAAGUGUUUGCGGUUGGACCCAGAGUUACCAGUUUGGACCAGUAAGCAGAGGGUUCUGGUGACGUUGACUCAGUCUCUGUCGGAUGUUUUGAACUAUGGUCUCUUCCAGCCGGCGUUCAACGGCCGAGCUGGAAAGUUUCUGGACGAGGAGCGGCUGCUGAAGGAGUAUCCUCUCCCUCCCAUCACGCCCAUCCCGUACCUGGAGUUUCGUUACAAGAGAAGAAUUUACACUCAGAGCUACGUGGACGAUAAACAGCUGGCCAAGCUACACACCAAGGCCAACCUGAAGCGCUUCAUGGAACAUGUUCAUCAGAAGAAUGUGGAGAAGGUUUCCAAAUGGUUGGAAAAGGGCCUGGAUCCCAACUUCCAUGACUCUGACAGCGGGGAGUGUCCUCUGACUCUGGCCGUCCAGCUGGAGGAGAGCUGUGAGCUCAUUAAAGUCCUUCGCAGUGGAGGAGCUCACCUGGACUUCAGGACCAGAGACGGUAUCACCGCUCUGCACCGAGCCGUCCUCUGCAGGAACAGCGCGUCGCUCACGACUCUGCUGGACCUCGGAGCGUCUCCGGACUACAAAGACAGCAGAGGUCUGACUCCUCUCUAUCACUCCGCCAUGGUGGGUGGCGCCCCCUACUGCUGUGAGCUACUUCUGCAGGACCACGCCACCAUCGGGAUGACUGAUGAGAACGGGUGGCAGGAAAUCCACCAGGCAUGUCGCUAUGGUAACGUGCAGCACUUGGAGCACCUGCUGUUCUACGGUGCUGACAUGAGUUCCCAGAAUGCAUCAGGAAACACCGCACUGCACCUCUGUGCUCUCUACAACCAGGACAGCUGUGCCAGAGUGCUGCUGUUCAGAGGAGCAAAUAAAGACAUCAAAAACUACAACAACCAGACUGCCUUUCAGGUGGCGAUAAUUGCUGGGAACUUUGAUCUUGCCGAAAUCAUUAAGAUCCACAAAACCUCUGACGUUGUAGUUCCCUUCAGAGAAACUCCAUCCUACACGAAGCGCCGCAGAGUUGGCCUGACCAGGACGCCGGCGGGAAACGGUCUGUCGUCACCGCGCUCUCUGAUUCGCUCGGCUAGUGACAACGCUCUGGAAAGCCCCGCCUCCUCUCCUGGCCCCUCCCUCCAAAGCCUGGAAACGCAUCACGACACGCACACACACUCGCUACGACGACACACACGCCGCCUCAGUGAUCUGGAUCUGCCUGACCUGUCUGUCUGCAGCCCGAGCGGUGGAGGCCAUGUGGAGAACAGCCCCCCGUCCUCACCUCCUCCAACCCCCCAGAUGAGGAAGAGGAGGCUGUACAGCGCCGUGCCGGGGCGCACCUUCAUCGCCACCCGGUCUCACGUCCCGCAGGGGGCCGGAGAGAUCCAGCUGCACCGAGGAGAGAGGGUCAAAGUUCUGUCUAUAGGUGAAGGAGGAUUCUGGGAAGGAAGCGUUAAAGGAAGGACUGGCUGGUUUCCUGCUGACUGUGUCGAAGAGGUCCAGAUGAGACAGUACGACCCACGACUGGAGACGAGGGAGGACCGCACCAAGAGACUGUUCAGACAUUACACUGUAGGAUCCUACGACAACUACACCUCCUACAGCGACUACGUGAUCGAGGAGAAGACGGCCGUCCUGCAGAAGAGAGAGAGCGAGGGAUUCGGCUUCGUCCUCAGAGGAGCUAAAGCUGAGACGCCCAUCGAAGAGUUCGCCCCGACGCCAGCGUUCCCCGCCCUGCAGUACCUGGAGUCUGUCGACCAGGGGGGCGUGGCCUGGAGGGCGGGGCUACGGACCGGAGACUUCCUCAUAGAGGUGAACGGCGCUGACGUGGUGAAGGUGGGUCACCGUCAGGUCGUCUCUCUGAUCCGUCAGGGCGGAAGUCGACUGCUCAUGAAGGUCGUGUCCGUUUCCAGGAAAUCCGAGUCCAACCUGGUCAGGAAGAAAGCUCCGCCCCCUCCAAAACGAGCCCCCAGCACCUCGUUGACUCUCCGAUCCAAGUCCAUGACCGCUGACCUGGAGGAGAUAGCCAGGAGGAGACGCAUCGAGAAACUGGACGAGAUGUUGGCCGGGGGUCAACAGGAAGUUGUUCUAAGGGCCCGCCCAUCGGACGACUUCAGAGCAGCGACGGUGAAACAGAGGCCGACCAGCCGACGCAUCACGCAGGCGGAGAUCAACUCUUUGUUUGAGCGCCAGGGUCUGGUGCCGCCCACAGCGCCGGAGAAGAGCACCAUGGCUUUACCCCGAGGAAUGUCCAGAACCAAGAGCUUCGGCACACCUGAGGACGACAGGAUCACGGCUCUGAUUAACGAAAGCCGGUUUCCACGGAGCUCCUCACUGACGGACAGCUUCAUCCCUCCUCCUCCUCAAACAGCUCCGCCCCCUCCUCCCUCCGCCUCCUCCACCUCCUCCCCGCUCUUCCUCCUCGACUCCGGCCCUCCCCCCUCCUUCCUUCCCCCUCCUCCCCCGGCCAGAGGGGAGGGGCUAACCCGGUCCAGCUUCAAGCCAGGGGCGGAGCCGCGGCUCCAGGAGCUUUCGGAUUCGCCGACGAGGAGCCACGCCCACGCCGAGCGGCAGAGGAAAGCGAGGUCGAUGAUCAUCCUGCAGGAUACACCGCCCCCGCUGCAGUCUGACGCACACGCCGCCGCCACGCACGCGCUGCACACUGCCACGCACACCGCCACACACACGCUUCACACCGCCACACACACCUCCACGCUGUCUCUCCACAGCACCAGCCCCGCCCUCGGCCACUCACCGCUGUCACGCCGCCGGGGACGACCAAUAGAAAACCCUUAUGCUAAUGUGGGACAACAGGCUCCGCCCUCAAAGCCGCAGAGAAGGAAGUCACCUUUGUUGAAACAACUUCCUGUAGAGGAGCAGGGACUUGGAAUGAAAGAUCAUGAUCCGUCCAAAUUGGAGCCGCCCAGCAGCCCCAGCAGGGCGGAGCUGUACCAGCAGCAGGUUCUUUCAGAGCGCGCUCGGGUUCAGGGCCGCAGAUCAUCUCUCUUCCUGUCUGUGGAGGGAGCCGGGUCAGAAAACCAGGUGCCUCCCCUCCUGACUCAGAGCCAUUCAAUGGAUGACCUCGGCGAGCUUCCUCCUCCAGCCCCAGUCCUGUCGCCCUCACCGACGCCUCACACCUUCCUCCACCCACUGACGGGGAAACCUCUAGACCCCUCAUCUCCACUCGCCCUGGCUCUUGCUGCACGAGAACGAGCGCUCACCGCUCGCACGCCGAGUCCAGAGCCUCGACUAAAACACGCAUCUGCCUCUACCACACCCAUCCCCACCCCAGCUGCCAGCCCAGAGGGGAGACACAAGCGCACCCCUAUCACCACCCCGCAUAGCAGCCCUGAACCCCGAUCCAAACGCACCACUCCUCAGACGAGCCCCGAGCAGCGAACCAAGCGCCCCACUCCCCAGACAAGUCCUGAGCUGAGGCAUAAACGCAUAACCCCACCUUUGUUCCCUGACGGACAGGUGGAGCGUCCGGAAACGGAGGGAGGAGUGACUUCCCCUGCAGGCCCCUCCCCCGAGCGCUGGAGACCCACCCCUUUGCCAUCGCUGGCCAAUGAGAGUCACUCGGCUCUGAUUGACAGGCGCAGGAGCCUCACAGUGGGCAGCUCAGAGGAGGAGGGUGGGGCUUACACCGUUACACUCCCACCAGCGUUGUUGUCAUCCAGUGAUGAGGAGACAAGGGAGGAGCUCCGCAGAAUUGGUCUGGUAGCACCACCCCCUGCCUUUGCCAGUACUCCCGCCCCGCCUCCCCCAUCCUCCCUCACCUUGUUGCCACGGCGAGGUGGGGAAGGAGGGGGAGGAGAGGGUGGUCCUGACUCCCUGGGUAGACGAGGAGAUGAAGAGGAAGGAGGCGACGAACGGCUCCACGACAGCUCCUCCUCCCCGAGCUCACUCCCUCCUUCGAUCACCUUGGCUUCCCCUCCUGCUCCAUCUUCCCCUUCCUCCCCUCCUGCUGCUCACCCAUCCCCAUCCUCCCCCGCCACCUCCCCAAUUGCUCUCAAGCCACGCCUUCGUUCGCCUAUCGGUCGGGGCCGCUCUGCGCUCCGGGACCCGCUGCUGAAGCAAUCAUCGGACAGUGAGCUACUCCCAUCUGCUGCAUCCUCCUCCUCCCCCUCGUCCCCACUCUGUUCCUCCCCCACCAGCGGCGGCAGCCGACAGCCACGCUAUCUGUUCCAGAGGAGGUCCAAGCUGUGGGGCGGCGGGGACGACCGCGGGGACGAGCGGCGGGGCCUCAGCCCGGAGGAAGGAGGAGGCCGUCCAGCAGCUCUGGGAGGUCAGGGUUCAGGGUCAGCCGUGGAUCUGACCAGUCGGUCAGCAUCGGCGCUGGAGCUGAGCGGUAGGACGGGGUCUGGACUGGAUCUCGCUAAUCGGCUACAGCUGCUCAACAAAGACAGUCACUCCCUCGGGGAGGAGCCGAGUCCCCUUGAUCCGGGCCGGCGAUCACCAGUAGGAGGUGCCAGAUGUUUGGACAGUGGAGAGAGUAAAUCGUUGUUCUCUAGUCUUGGUGAACUUCACACAAUCUCCCAGCGAGGAUAUGGUGCCAGCUACACCGUCCGACCAGGAAGCCGCUACCCCGUCACCCGCCGGAGCCCCUCACCCUCUCCCUCCCCAUCUGAUAGGUCAAUAGGGCUCGCCUCCUCCUGCUCUGAAAGGCCGGAUCUGAGCUCAGGCCGCGGUCUUACCAUCCUGAAGUCGUCCAGUCUCAGUCUCCCGUCAGAACCAAAGGAGGUUCGGUUUGUGAUGCGAAGUGCCAGCGCACGAACCAGGUCUCGUUCACCCUCACCUUCCCCCCACGCCUCUCCCUGCCCCUCCCCGGUCCUCAGUGGGCCCCUGUUGGCCCUUCGGCCAUGGAGGCAGCGGCCCCUCAACCUGUGGAAUAAAUAUGACGUGGGUGACUGGCUGGAGAGCGUGGGCCUGGCCGAACACCGCCAGCGCUUCCAGGAGCACGAGAUCGAAGGCUCCCAUCUCCCCGCACUCACCAAAGACGACUACGUGGAGCUGGGCGUCACCAGACUGGGACACCGAAUCAACAUCGAGAGGGCACUCAGACAGCUAAUGGAUGGUUCCACUUGACCCCUCACCUCCGACCAAUAACCUCUAGGCAUCCUGAACUGUGACCUCAUAACCCCUGACCUCUGGUCAGACACUAGGCCAUCUCUUAGACUAGGAUAUCUUAGCAGUGACUGAAUCUUUAGACCUUUUUACCAACGUGGAGCCCAGUUCUCUGAGUGAUCUCUGUGACAUUUUGGCUUUCCAGCUCUUUGAUCGACCCAGAAGGACUGUCAGCGCCAAGAUCCGUGUCCAGCGUUUAGCUCCAGUGUCAUUUUAGAUCACCAACAUUUAGUUUGACCCGUCGUCUAGUGCCUAGUGUUCACGCCAACGUCAGGCAAAGCUGUGACGUCGAUUUUUUGAGGUUUCUGGGAAGAAUGGGUGGGCGAUGAUUUCGAUGUACAAAUUUACAGAAACGUUCGGCGAGGCGGCACUUUUGACACCUGGAGUGAAAAACCUGAUCAGAUGUUUGUGCUGGAGUUGGAGACCUAACUCGUAAAGCCCAGCAGGCACGGCGCUCUUUUGGUUUCUGAAGCCCGCCUGACUUUAACCUGCCGAGAUUUAGACAUCGUUCCUUGGGUUUAUGUGCCUCUACCACAAGGCGACGUAGUUAAACUGAUUCAGGUCGCAUCCGUGCAUGGUGAAAUUUAGGCGUAACUGCUCCGAUACCUCAAUAACAUCCAAAGUUAGAUCUAGUGUUCCAACUCUUGACCUCUAGAUUAAGUCUAAGUAAACGAAUUCAACUUUAUUUAACACAAAGAUUUUCAUUUUUACUAUCAAAGACGACAAAGAAACGAUAAUUACUUCGGAAGCUGCACAUGGUGAAUUAAUAUUGGACUGAUCCAGUAGCUGAUUCAUUAGAUAGCGUCCAAACUCCAAACAAAUGUAUUUUCUGCACACAAAUAUCACAUAAAUGAAUAUAAUACAAGCUGACUACACCUGGACACAGAGCUUUACAGGUGUUAUUGGAUAUCGAUCAAAGAGCCGAUCAGCCAAAGUGAUUACAAAUGUAACGAGACGGGUCGUUUUCCUCGUGCCAUUCUGCUUCCCCAGACGAGUUUAGCUGGACGAUUUAGCGAGCUGCUGGGAGUCUCCACCGUAACAACGGGAGAUCAGCUGAGGAGUUUUUUUUUUUCUGUCCUUCCACAGAAAAGUUCUUUUUAAAUAUCACUCAUGAAGAAUUUGUGUUUAUUUUGAGUUCAUAUCUUAAUACCGAUCAUUUAGAGUUUAUGAAUAACAAGUAAUAAUAAUGUGGUGGUGAUGACUUACAGAGUUUAUAAUAGUUUGGAAAAUGAUUUUGAGUUCCUUAUGAUUUGACAAUGAGUUGAAUUUCAAGGUCGUUUCGGUGAUGUGUUGAAAUUCAUAAUGAUUUGUCAAUGAGUGACUUUGUGCUGAUGUGCUGUGUGUUUCAGGGAGAGCUGCAGCAGAGCUCCAACUGUAAACCUCUCUGGUUUCUAACCUGCUUAUCGAGGGCUUACUGUACAUGGUGCUAUCUGUUUAAAGCCAUCUGUACAGAAAAUAACCUUCCUCCUUCCCCUCUUACACCUUCCUUACACUGACACCUGAAUCUCUUCGGUUUAACCCCAAUUAAAAUCAAUCAAAGUCAAACCAUGGUAACUCGCAAAGGAACAGGCCAUAUAUGGAGUUUCCUCCCUGCCAUAUUUGGGAUUUCUUUCCCUGCCAUAUGUGGAGUUUCCUCCCCGCCAUAAAGAGUUAAAUUUGAGUUUAUGGUGCGCUCGAAAAAGUUUUUGAGUUGAGAUGCGGUCACACUGAAAUCCGUCCCCCGUUCAUUUCAAUGGCGAAGGGUGUUAACGCUAACACUUAAUUAACAUUUGACAUCACUACACAGUGAAA